GAUUUUUACUAUAUCUCAUAGCAUUAGUCGUUUUAAUAAUGUAUCUACUCCAGUAUGAAUAAAACCCAUGCUACUGUAAGGUGUACACUUUGUUCAUUUUGAUAAUUUGCCACCAUUUUUUUUAAAUUAAUUAAUUGUUAAACUUUAUACAAAAGUUUUUAUUAACUAAAAUCAACAUUUAAAGUAGCAUGUGCUCCUAGAGUCUCAAAGAGUGCUGCUAUUCAAAACAUAUUUUAAAACUGCUCGUGGUAAAUAUAUUCAAAUAUUUAUUUAUAAUGUAAAAUAUAAAAAUAAAUUUUUCCUCUUUAGAAGAACAGUUAUUAUUAUUGCAAGUAAGUAAAACAUUUUGCAAAUUCAAUUUUAGUUAUAAACCUGGGCGAUAAAAUAAGGGUGGAAAUAUUGAGGGUUGCAUAAGCAUGAAAAAGGCUUACACGCUGCCACCUAACCUGAGUCGGUCGAAUCUCGCCCGCAUAUACAAAUCCUGCUUUUUCGUGUCGCUUUAGGAGUGCAAUUAUUUGAAAAAUCAAUCGUCUAAUGAAGAGAAGAUCGUGACUCUCCUCAACCCAUUAUACAAGCUCGCCGACAUUUUGAGAGAGUUAAAGAGUAAACAGAAGAAGAACGAACCGAUUUCGCCUUAUUUAAGGUUAUCUAUUAUUAACGCUGUGUUUGAAAUGAAAUUUCAAACGAAAGUCGAUAAAUUGAUAGUAGCCUAUCUAUCCGCGGACUUGUCCUUAAAAGCUCACAUCGUGUAAACACGGUAAACCCUUCGCCUCGCAAUGACGGUACCCUACACCGAAAUUCUGGUUGUGGGGGGACUACUCUUACUGCCGAUUUUAUACGAAUCGAGUCAUGUGUUUCGUUACCAUCUCAAGUUUUUCGUGUAUUAUUUUAUAGUCAUGUUUAAUUCAGUGCUCCUGAUUCCAGUCUUUUGUUUGAGGGCGAAGAAUGUGAAAAAUUUGAUUUUAGCUUCGUAUUUUUGCCGCUGGAUCACAGCGCUUAUAGGUAUUCGGUGGAUACUUCGCGGAAGUGAUAAUCUACACGAAGAAAGGGCAUGUAUAAUUGUCUCGAACCAUCAAAGCUCUUUAGAUAUUUUGGGCAUGUUCAAUAUCUGGCCGACCAUGGGCAAAUGCACCGUGGUCGCGAAACGUGAACUGUUUUUCGCUUGGCCUUUUGGUCUGGCGGCCUGGCUCGCAGGACUGAUUUUUAUCCCGAGGGUCCAAAAGGAUGAAGCGAAAGUUAUUAUGAACAAGGCGGCGGAAAAAAUAAAAUCUGAUAAGACCAAAUUAUUCAUAUUCCCGGAAGGCACAAGGCGAAACACUGGGCAAAUACACCCCUUCAAAAAAGGUGCCUUUCACUUGGCCAUUUCCGCUCAGCUUCCAAUAUUGCCAGUAACGUUUAGUCGUUAUUACUUCUUGGAUAAAGAAACGAAGCGAUUCGAUUCAGGUGUAGUUAUAGUUAACGCUUUAGAUGCCAUUGAUACCAAAGGCAUGACCUUUGGGAAUUUAGAUGAUCUCAUGGAAAAUGUACGCGAUAAAAUGUCCGCGUCGUUUAGAGAUUCCACAAAAGAAGUUCUUGAUAUGGUUCACCACAAUAAUUUGUGUAGUCAAAAAAAUCUAUAACUGUAAUCAUAAAGUGAUACCGAGUGACCCGAAUUUGGGUAUAUAUAUUGGAUCUGACCAUUAUCAAAUUUGCGCAGUAUUUAAGACGUGACAUGCCAAAAUCACUUAUUGAAUUAAAUCAUUGUCAUAUUUGUUUUAUAUUUCGACCUAAUGCGUUUUUUGAAAGUAAUUUUCUCUUGUGUGUCAGUUACUACAAAGUAUCAGAAAAUUUUGCAAUUUUUUAUGAGAACGUUUAACUGAAAAUUGUUUUUAAUUAGGCAAGUUUAUGCUACAUUAAUAUCAAUUUUAUAAAUUUGUUUAUGAGUACGGUAUUAUUUUUAAGUUCAUAAUAACAGUUGAUGUGGGCUAUAAUUUUGCGGAAAGGCCUAAAAUUUUAAACAAACAUCAGUAUUAACUCCUUCAUAAUGAUUAUUCCAUCGUUGAAUUGAGAAAACCCAUUGUUAUUUUAAAAUGAUUGAUUUAUAUAGGAUUAGAGAUUUAAUCUGUAAUUAAAAUGUCAAGUUUUUAGUUUGAUGAUUUGUUAAGUUUUAAAAUAAAUUGACGCGACAGGCCUUAUUGGCUCAUAUUUUUGCUGCCUUUGUACAAGAACUCUCCUGGAAAUCUAAACCUAAACUGUAGAUUUUGUAAACUUGAUUUUAAGGCAAACUUAUUUGAUGUAAGGGAAUAAAAUUAUUUGUCAGUAUUUUUCGCAAAAUUCAGUGUGAUGUUUAUUGACCUAGGUGCGGAAUUCCUUUAAUGUGUAACACAAUUAAGGUACUAUAAUUUAGGCUAAUAAACUUUUGCCAUUAUAUAUGUAUUGAAUGGUUGCCUAAAAUAUCUAGUAUAGUUUUAUAAUAUCGCAUUCCCAAAUUUGUGAUUUUUGUUGCCAUUGAAUUAUUUUUAAUAUGACUUUUUAUAAAUAUGAAAUACAUACUUGCAA